AUGGAGGAGCUGCGAGCCUUCGUCUCUAAGUCCUUCGAGGCCAAAUCCCAACCUUGUAGCCAAUUCCAGAGUAACUCGCUGCAAUGUUGCAAAGCUGGCGUGGGUGGGCGCACCCACCACCAAGGCGGCAGCGGCUCUUGUUUCCGCACUCUUUUGCCUGCCGCAGCAACCACCGCGACCACCGACUCCAGACAGGUGGAAGACUCCGGCCCCGCCCCGCAUGCGGCCCAGGACCCCGGAGAUCACCACCCUGACGAUGACGAGGAGGACGCAGCUGAAGGCCGGCAGCCGCGCUCUGGGACGAAGGCAGAAGAGGCUGAGGAGGGUCCAGCGCGGCUGAAACAGCGACGUAGCAGGACCAACUUCACCCUGGAGCAGCUUGGAGAGCUCGAGCGCCUGUUUGACGAGACUCACUACCCCGACGCCUUCAUGCGCGAGGAGCUCAGCCAGCGCCUUGGCCUCUCAGAGGCCCGCGUACAGGUCUGGUUCCAGAACCGCAGAGCAAAGUGCCGGAAACAGGAGAACCAACUGCACAAAGGAGUGAUUCUGGGUACAGCUAACCCCCUGGAUGCCUGCCGAGUGGCGCCAUACGUCAACAUGAGCGCCCUGCGCAUGCCUUUCCAGCAGGUCCAGGCUCAGCUACAGCUGGAGGGCGUGGCCCACGCUCACCCACACCUGCAUCCGCACCUGGCGGCCCACGCGCCCUACCUGAUGUUCCCGCCCCCGCCCUUCGGCCUGCCCAUCGCCUCGCUAGCCGCUGAGUCCGCUUCUGCAGCUGCAGUGGUGGCUGCUGCCGCCGCCAAGAGCAGCAGCAAGAGCUGCAGCAUCGCUGACCUCAGGCUCAAAGCCCGGAAGCACGCCGAGGCCCUGGGCCUCUGA